AUGGUAAGGCCUCAGAGCAGACAUUUUCAAGUCCGAGUUCAUGAAGCCAGCAUUUUACACUAUUUUCCUGUCUUACAGCACUAUUUGACAUGCUUCAGUGGGACCAUUGCUAUACCAUUCCUUUUAGCGCAAGCACUUUGUGUUGGAAAUGAUCAACAGACUGUAAGCCAACUAAUAGGAACAAUAUUCACCUGUGUUGGAAUCACUACACUUCUCCAAACAACAUUUGGUAUUAGGCUACCUCUCUUUCAAGCAAGUGCGUUUGCAUUCUUGGUUCCUGCUAAAGCCAUACUAUCCCUGGAUAAGUGGAAAUGCCCCCUUGAUGAGGAGAUUUAUGGAAAUGGUACACUGCCAAUCAACACAUCACAUAUCUGGGAGCCUAGAAUACGAGAGAUACAGGGAGCAAUUAUAGUGUCAAGUUUGUUUGAAAUCUUUAUUGGCUUUGUUGGUUUACCUGGGGCGCUGCUCAACUAUAUUGGACCUCUCACUGUUGCGCCAACAAUCUCCCUGAUUGGACUUUCAGUGUUUGAACCUGCAGGACAAAGAGCUGGGUCGCACUGGGGCAUAUCAAUUCUGGUUUUGACGCUGAUAAUAUUAUUUGCACAGUACCUGCGGAAUGUUUCCCUUGUUUUGCCGUGUUACAAAUUUGGAAAAGGAAUUACCUUUUAUAGAAUGCAAAUCUUCAAAAUGUUUCCAAUUAUCAUGGCUAUUAUGCUUGUGUGGCUGCUUUCCUAUAUUCUGACAUUAACUGAUGUGUUUCCAUCAGACAGUAAAGCAAGAACUGAUGCAAGAGGUGACAUAAUGUCCAGCUCUCCAUGGUUCCGUUUCCCAUACCCUUGUAUGUAUUUUUUUAAAUUCAUGAUUUACAUAGUAGCUAAAGAAAAUUAA